AAAGGAAAGAGUAGGCAUCAGGGCAGUAUGAAUGCAUACCUCACCAAGCAACACGGCUGCAGUCGGGGGUCCGAUGGGAUGGAUGCCGGCAGGAGCGCGCCCACACUGAUCAGGGAUGCCCACUGCGCUUGUGGCUGGCAGAAGAGCCCUCAGGGACUUGGGUACAAUUCUCAGACCAUGCCCUCUUCAGGAUCGGGGGGCCCAGCUUCAAACAGGACCAAGCUGGUCACUCUGUGGGACAGUGUGCGGAAAAGCCCCCACAAGACGAGCUCCAAAGGCAAAGGGACUUGUGGGGAGCGUUGCGCCUGCCCACAUGGUUGGUUCAGCCCAACACAGGCCAGCCCUGCUCCUAUAAUUGUCAACACAGAUACUUUGGACACGAUUCCUUAUGUCAAUGGGACAGAAAUUGAAUAUGAGUUUGAAGAAAUUACAUUGGAAAGGGGGAAUUCUGGCCUGGGAUUCAGUAUUGCUGGAGGGACAGAUAAUCCCCACAUUGGAGAUGACCCUGGCAUAUUUAUUACGAAGAUUAUACCGGGUGGUGCUGCAGCAGAGGAUGGCAGACUCAGGGUCAAUGAUUGUAUCUUGCGGGUGAACGAGGUCGAUGUGUCAGAGGUUUCCCACAGUAAGGCGGUGGAAGCCCUCAAAGAAGCGGGCUCCAUCGUUCGGCUGUACGUGCGUAGAAGACGCCCCAUUCUGGAGACCGUCGUGGAAAUCAAACUGUUCAAAGGGCCUAAAGGUUUAGGCUUCAGUAUUGCAGGAGGUGUGGGGAACCAACACAUUCCCGGAGACAACAGCAUUUAUGUAACUAAAAUUAUAGAUGGGGGAGCUGCACAGAAAGACGGAAGGUUGCAAGUAGGCGACAGACUGCUAAUGGUAAACAACUACAGUUUAGAAGAAGUGACUCAUGAAGAGGCGGUAGCAAUAUUGAAGAACACAUCUGAUGUCGUUUAUCUAAAAGUUGGCAAACCCACCACCAUUUAUAUGACUGAUCCUUAUGGUCCACCUGACAUUACUCACUCUUAUUCUCCACCGAUAGAAAACCAUUUACUCUCUGGCAACAAUGGAACUUUAGAAUACAAAACUUCCCUGCCGCCCAUCUCUCCAGGAAGGUACUCACCGAUUCCAAAGCACAUGCUUGUUGAAGAUGAUUACACCAGGCCUCCGGAACCUGUUUACAGCACUGUGAACAAACUGUGUGAUAAGCCUGCUUCUCCCAGGCACUAUUCCCCUGUUGAGUGUGACAAAAGCUUCCUUCUCUCAGCUCCCUACCCCCACUACCACCUAGGCCUGCUCCCUGACUCUGAGAUGACCAGUCAUUCUCAGCACAGCACAGCAACCCGCCAGCCUUCCGUGACUCUGCAACGGGCCAUCUCCCUGGAAGGGGAGCCCCGCAAGGUUGUCCUGCACAAAGGCUCCACUGGCCUGGGCUUCAACAUCGUGGGUGGGGAAGAUGGAGAAGGUAUUUUUGUAUCCUUCAUUCUGGCUGGUGGACCAGCAGACCUGAGUGGGGAGCUCCAGAGAGGAGAUCAGAUCCUAUCAGUGAAUGGCAUUGACCUCCGUGGAGCAUCCCAUGAGCAGGCUGCAGCUGCGCUGAAGGGGGCUGGACAGACAGUGACGAUUAUAGCACAAUACCAACCUGAAGAUUACGCUCGAUUUGAGGCCAAAAUCCAUGACCUACGAGAGCAGAUGAUGAACCACAGCAUGAGUUCCGGGUCCGGGUCCCUGCGAACCAAUCAGAAACGCUCCCUCUAUGUCAGAGCCAUGUUUGACUAUGACAAGAGCAAGGACAGUGGGCUGCCAAGUCAAGGACUUAGUUUUAAGUAUGGAGAUAUUCUCCAUGUUAUCAACGCCUCAGAUGAUGAGUGGUGGCAAGCCAGGAGAGUCACUCUGGAGGGGGACAGUGAAGAGAUGGGGGUCAUCCCCAGCAAACGGAGGGUGGAAAGAAAGGAACGUGCCCGGUUGAAGACAGUGAAGUUUAAUGCAAAACCUGGAGUGAUUGAUUCAAAAGGGUCAUUCAAUGACAAGCGUAAAAAGAGCUUCAUCUUUUCACGAAAGUUCCCAUUCUACAAGAACAAGGAGCAGAGUGAGCAGGAAACCAGUGAUCCUGAACGAGGGCAAGAAGACUUCAUUCUUUCUUAUGAGCCUGUCACAAGGCAGGAAAUAAACUAUACCCGGCCAGUGAUUAUCCUGGGUCCCAUGAAGGAUCGGAUCAAUGAUGACUUGAUAUCUGAAUUCCCUGAUAAAUUUGGCUCCUGUGUGCCUCAUACUACGAGGCCAAAGCGGGACUAUGAGGUGGAUGGCAGAGACUAUCACUUUGUCAUUUCCAGAGAACAAAUGGAGAAAGAUAUCCAAGAGCACAAGUUUAUAGAAGCUGGCCAGUACAACGACAAUUUAUAUGGAACUAGUGUGCAAUCUGUGAGAUUUGUAGCAGAAAGGGGCAAACACUGUAUACUUGACGUGUCAGGAAAUGCUAUCAAGCGGUUACAAGUUGCCCAGCUCUAUCCCAUUGCUAUCUUCAUUAAGCCCAAAUCUCUGGAACCUCUCAUGGAGAUGAAUAAACGUCUAACAGAGGAACAAGCCAAGAAAACCUACGAUCGUGCAAUUAAGCUAGAACAAGAAUUUGGAGAAUAUUUUACAGCUAUUGUCCAAGGAGACACCUUAGAAGAUAUAUAUAAUCAAUGCAAGCUUGUUAUUGAAGAGCAAUCUGGGCCUUUCAUCUGGAUUCCCUCAAAGGAAAAGUUAUAAAUUAGCUACUGCACCUCCAACAAUGACAGAAGAGCAUUUAGAAGAACAAAAUAUAUAUAAUAUACUACUUGGAGGCUUUUAUGUUUUUGUUGCAUUUAUGUUUUUGCAGUCAAUGUGAAUUCUUAUGAAUGUACAACACAAACUGUGUGAAGCCAUGAAGGAAACGGAGGGCCCAAAGGGUGGGACAGAAAAGACAUUGCAGUAUGCAGGAAGGCUUUGGUUUGCUCAAAGUGCCAGGUGUAGGGAUGAACCUCUGAAGGGCUUUCUGGCCAGGAGAUGGGCAGCCUCCUCACCCCAGCAGAUGUCGAGCUGAUUUAGCUGCUGAGCUCUCUGUGUUUUUUGCUUUAAAGAAAAGUUGCCAGCACUUGAACUUCACCAACCUUCCCAUUACCCACAUCUGUAAUUGGUACACUUUGAAUUUUAUAACUAUGCACACCCUUUGAUUUCUUAACAAGCGAAAGAAAGAAAGAAAGAAGGAUAAAGGAAAGGAGUCCCUUUGGAGACGGCAUAAUAGCAGGGAAAGAUAAGUGUGUAGUUUCUUGAAGUUUCUUGACUGGCAUCUACAAAGACGAGCAUUUCAUAAAAUUCACAAGUGUAUGGAGGACUGACCUCACUGAGAGGAGGGGAUUCCACCUGAGGUUAGCUUUAUGAUUGUUUAUUGUCUAUUUUGCCAUUUAUAAGCUGAAAGAAGGCACUACAGAUGAGAAUAAUUUAUACAAUAAAAAUAUAUCAAAUGUAUAGAAACGAAUUUCUAUAGGUUAAAAAAGUUUUGUGAAAUAUUUUGUAAAGACUAAUUGAAAGACUAAAUGUAUGCACUAUCAGCAGAUGAUCAAAUUCAAGAAUUGAAAGUUGCACUCUCCCUUUUGUUGCCAACGAUCCAUUAAGAACAUCUGAGUUCCUUCCAAAGUCUGACAAAGACUUCCUCCUCACUGACCUCCCAUGAUCUCCCUUCCAUAUUAGUGACACACUCUCAUGGAGCACAUCCCUUAAUGAGUUGCCCUCAUGGGUAUUUUUGGAAGAUAUUUGAUUAAUGCAUUUUUAAGCUGAUGGCUUUCAGACACAAACUCAGGCAAACGAUAUAAAGGGAAGUUUUUGCUUUCAUCUUGUUAAACAACCUGGGCCUGCCAUGCAAAUAGAUAGCUGAAUAACUUGGUUCCUAGUUACUUACAUGCAAUUCUUAAAGGAUCAUUUAGUACUUUAGCCAACCAUGAGUAAUUAGGACUUUUUUUUUUUUUUGGUCUGUUUCACAAGUAACUGAGGGUUUUUGUAAUAGCCAGAGAUGGUACAGAGCCAUGGAGAGAUCUGUCCCAAGAAGCACUAUUUCUUUGAGGAAGAGGGAUGUACCUGAUUGGGGGUGAGGGGUGCAGACUUUUGUUUCUGUGUACAGGGCAAAGAGACAGAACCACAAGAAAAGACAAUUAACAACUUUGAGCUCAACCAGUUGAACUGCCUUUCUUGGGGUCUGCACCUGGACCGAGUUUAUUUUUUAGCAAUUAUAAUAAUGGUGAUUUAAAAAAAACCUCCCGAAGCCUAUAUCCCGCUUUAGAGCUGAUGACGACAUCAGCAUUGCUUGUGCCCAAGGUGUUUAGAGAGAGACUUUUCAGUGAUCUUAAUAACCACUCAACUCUGGGUUCUAUGCAUGCCCAGACUAAGCCCCAUCGCCUUAUUCCUGGGGUACAUCAGACCUGGCAGGGACUCUGCCACACUGUGCAGCAAACCAGCAUGCAGGCUGGGAUGGGAGAGCGAGAGAUAGAGCCAUCAGCAGUGAUGGGGCUUCUUCACAGUAAGAACAUCAGAGCUCAGAAUGAGGGUCUCUUUCCAAAAACCAGUGUUAUUCAUCUUACACUAACUACCACUGUCUGCCUCCCUUCAGUCACCAAACCAAACACAGAAAUGCAAAAUUAUGCAUCUACCUAGAGUCUCGAGGCUGCCUUUGCCAACGGAAGGGCUAGCAAUGCACUUUCCCUCUGAUGAAAGUUAAAUUUUUUGGAGACUUCCUUAAAGCAUUCAAAAUGUUUAAGAUAUGUCCGUGGCUGCGAUUUGCCAAGUUUCAGGUCAAGGCCUACUUUCAUCAAUAUUGCUGCCAGAAGUUUUCUGCCACCAGAAUGCCAUUCCUGAUCCCAGCUCUAUUUUUAGGCCACCAUAAUAACUUCUUUGGUUUCUCAACUGAGCAUGCAACCAUUUAUUUAAAGGACUGUCAUUAAUGAGUAGAUGUUUCCGCGGGUCGUGUGAUGUGCUUUCCAUUUAAUAUUAAGUAUUGCUGUGGCUGAGUACAAUCAAACUGAUCCACCAACCCAUGGUUUUGUAGUAAUAUAAUUAUUUAUUUUCCUAGUGUAGAUGCUUCCAGAUUAGAAUUGGCAUUUGCACUGAUUUUUUAUGUAGAUUUAUAUAAAUAUAUAUAUACAUAUAUAUUUGCUUGAAGAAUCACCAAGCCAAUUGGUGAGAGGGUCUUUUCCUAUAGAAUUUACACCUCCAUUUGUUUUGUUGUCUUGCGCUUCCCAAUGUUGAGGUCUCUACGGCUCCAAUGACUGGUGUAUUUUGCAGCAAAUCUGAUGACUUGUAUGGACACAGCAGGAAAGUUACCCAGAUUACAUCUGGUGCAAAUGCACUUGGAGCCUGGGGCCAGACUGGUGCUAACACUGCAAACUUUGUCCGGAGCUCUCUCCAAUCUGAAGGCUUGCUGGGGGCGCAACGUCACCUUCACAUGCUGGGCCCUUUCCGAAAAGUGCCAGAUCGUGUCACUGGUGCUAUUUUUCAUGCUCUGGUACAAUGUGUAGCACCACGGGGGUCUCAGCUUUACCAAAAUCAAAAUCGCAUUUGUCAGCUAAUUGCAGGGGCAUUUGUUUUUGCUCUCCUCCCACAGGAUCUGUUGGCCAUUUCUUUGCCGGCCUUCCUCCCACCACCCCACCCGCAGCCCCGAGUUCUCGGCUUGGCUCCUUCUGCCCAGUGAGCCCAUCUUUUUGAAGCCGCACUCAGGUGCCUGUGAGCUGUCCUCGAUCCUACUGCCAGCCCUUCCGGACCCCGAGCCAGGGAGAAACUCUCCACUCCCCGGGCUCUUGCCUCUGGUUUUUCCUCAUUAUUCACCUCUGCCCACCCCCUUCCAUGUCGAUCUCAUUCCAUCCCUUCUUGUGUACACCUCUCCUUUUCUCCUAUUGGCCUGUCUUCCCUGAGUGUUGCCUUUCUUCUGUGUUCUCUCGUUUACUCCCUCCCCUUCACUCCCCUGUCUCUCCAUCUCCUUUAGUUUCCCUUUCCGCUUCUCAUUCCCCUUUCCCUUCCUGUCCUUCCUCUUCUCCUCACACCUUUUAUCCUCUCCUCUCCCAUACCCCACUCUGUAAUAUUUCUGUCCUAUAAGGGCUCAUGGCUGAUUCGGACAGCAAGUCCAUACACUGGACUGAUGACACAAUUCCUUUGGGUCACCAUUUCACCCGCGCAGCCCAGAAAGCAAAGCUGAGCAUGAGGUCCUGGGCUGGAGCCCGCUCCAGCACGCCUCACUGAGCCAGCCUGCACCGCUGCCCUGGCAGCGACGAUGCAUGAGCUCUGGGCAUUGCCGGCACCUGGGUGCCUCUCUGCCUGAAGGCUGGUCCAAAGUGAGCCCACUCCCAGCAUCAUCCCGUGGCUCUGAGGACACUUCCUCUCUGUAAAGGCAGACUCUGGCCCCAAAAUCAUUUCUGACAGCAAAGCUCUUUCUUCUCAUUGAAGCCAUGCCAUCGCCUUGAUUUGGAGAGAGACAUUUUUCUCCCCACUCAUAAGCUUUUUUUCCCUCCAUUUUCAUGUGAAGCCCCCUCUGCUUUUCAGCUGGUGAUUGCUCUGGUGAGAUUGAAUGGACUCGCUGGUGAAAUAACAUCUCUUUCUUUUCCUGUCUUGGUCCUGCCUAAAUUCCUACAAAAGUAUUUAAGUCAAGGACUCAGGCUAGCUCCUAAGUUUAUCAUACAUAGUAAUUUGUCACUCCUAGGGGGGAAAGGGGGACAGUUCUCUUAAAGCAUGUGGAGUGACAUGCUGACAACUGAUUUGCCAGAGAUCUCCCUACAAAAUUCUGUGGAUAUGCAUUUUACUUAUGUGUAUGUAUGGUCUAUGUGGUAUGUAUACCAUUUAUACACAUACCACAUCGGGUAUGAAUGAAUGUGGAUGGAAACCCACACACACACUCCAGUCUGUAAAUAUCCUUCCUCACUGAAAACUGUGCUUUGGAAAUCAUUUCUUGUACAGCUGUGCAGUUUCUUGUAGCAGCUGAGGACAAGCUGAGACAGGUGGAUGAUUUAGACAAAGAGCACCUAGAAGACAGAAAAUAGAAUCUCCCUAGCAACUCAUGAGGACAGACAACCAAAUGGCAAGGUUGACUCCCAAUGGGAUGGCAAACUUUUCUUCUCUCCUUUUUGAAUUUGUGUUUCCUAAAUGUGUCUUAACUUCUGAGUGCACCAGGCUGUACCCGUUAGAUCCUUUCAAAAUGACAGUUUUGUGCUUCUCUCUGACAGGAUGUUUCUCCAUCGAGCUGUAGUGCAGGAUGGGAGGGAGGGGGGAAACACUCCUUGCCUGGGCUGGAGUUUACAGAGACACUGCACAGCUUACACUCCUGUUAAGUGUAAAUAUUCGACACUUCCAUUCCAUUUGUGUAAAAAAUAAAGCACACACAAUUAUAAAAUCGAGAUGUAUAUUUCAUA